AGUAAUCAGCGCUGUGACCUAACCUGCCAUGCACUGGAGAUGCGUGAAGAUUUAGGUGUGCUUUUUUGUAAGUUUGAUUCACGUAAUAUGCUGAAAUAAUGGAUCUAUGAGCUCUGCUGUACUCAGCUUGGAGUUCUCAAGAUCUGAGUGUCCAGAGUCAUGAAACUUAGUCCUUGUCAAGCCCCAUUAUAUGGCGAGUGUGUGCUAACAGUUCAGCUCUGUGAUGAGGCGCUCGGUGAAGGAGAACAGGGGGAGGUGCAGUUCUUCCUGUUGUUCACUGGCUCUGCUCAGAGACAUCUUACCAGCACACUGAAGGUCAGCCAUGCCACCCUUCAGGCUGUGUGUCCAGCUCAUAACUGCUGUGAGUGGGUGCUGGUCACCCUGUGCUCAGCGGGACCAGACGGUAACAUUCAUACUCUGGCUACCGAGCGCCUGCACUUCGUACAGGACCUGGCCUUCGACAUGGCCCAGUUCCUGGUGAGCGCGGUGGGGCAGACAAGCCUACUGGAAGAGGCUCUGCUACUGGACGAGCAUCAGAUCCCGCUGCAGGAGUGCAAAAAGCUGGACCAGAAUCUGUCCCUGGCCCUCAAACAUAUCACGCUGCCCCCUGGCUGGAACCUGCUGAGGAAUAACACACGACUGGAACCUCAAGAGACCCUCCUUCACUUUGCAGCCCGCCGCGGGCUCCUCAGAGUGGCCCGUUUUCUCCUCAAGCAGCCAGGGGCCCGAGAGGCCCUCAACCUGUCUAACAAACAGGGCGCCACACCGGUGAUCAUUGCCCAGAGUCGAGGAUAUACAGCACUGCUGGAGCUCUUCAGCCUGGAGGAUUUGGAUGCAGACAUUGGCGUUGAGACGCUCAGACAGGUCUCCUCCUCGAGCAGUCGUGUGGUACAGCACCACCCCUCUCUGAACACCUACACCCUGUCUUUGGGCACUGAGCCGGGCGGCGCACCACCCAACCUACAGACCGACAUCCUGGAACUGCGCAGACUGAUGCUUUGCCAUUGUCAAGGGAAGGUGAGUCAGGGAGGAGUUGCCUUUCAGCAGAGCUCAGACUCUCCGCAUAUUGCCCAAGAAUGUGAUGACGGCCUGGAGACCAGAGAUUGCUGUUGUGAAGAGGCACCUCACGACUCCCUUGAUACGAGAGAACGAGAGUUCACUCCUUUUAGCACAGAAGAAAACAAAGGACGUAAUGACCGUCUGGAUCCCUCGCAAAACAGGGAGGGUAACGGAGGUCCCUCGCUCAGCUGUGAAAGUGCCCCGGCUCUCCUACAUAAUGGCAAUAGCGAAGAUCAGCGGGCGUGUGCUUGUGAAAACAGUGAGACUGAUUGCAGAGAGCAAGAGGAGCGUUCAACUACUGGUGUAGUUAGUACCGGUGACGUUGGAGAUAGUAGUGAUGGUUUGCAGAGUGGUUCUGAGAGCAUAGUCAACAGAACCUCUUCCUGCGAACAACAGAAAGAGGAAGCUGAUAAAGCAGAUGACUUAAUCUGUGAAGCACCAGGUUUUGCUGAGGGGCAAAAUCAGGAAAAAGGACACAACUCUGUAGAGGAGAAAGUAUCAGAGGAGAAAGAGCUAGUUGAACGUAGCCCCACCGUUGAGGCAGGAGAUAUGGGAAUCACUCAGUCUUUGGACAUGCCAGAAAGCUCGAAUGUUGAAUCUUCUUCUCAAGGCACUGAGACCGAUGCUGAGGAAGAGGAUGGGUGCGGAGAUCUCAUCGAAUCUGAGGAGGUGCGAGAAGAAAGCAAGGAACCACCGGAUGUAAAUCCUGAUGGAGAUACACCUCUAGAUAGCUCACACCAAAAUUUAGUGGAAAAUGAAAUGCAUGCUUGUCGAGGCAUUUGUGAUAAAACUGGUGACCCAGGAACCCAUAAACUAGUGGGAGACAUUUGUGAGAAGAUCACGUGUAAUGUGGGAGGUAGUCGAGAUCUUGAUUCUUCAGUAAUCUUUGAUCAAGAAGAAGCCAAUGAGGAGUUUCAGGAGAGUCUAGAAAUGCCAUACAUGGAAACAGAUGGAGACCAACAGAACGAAGAACUUAGAGAUGCAACCUCAAGGAUUUCAGUUGCUGAAGAUGAGAGCAUUUUACACCUGCGUGAAGUAAUUCAAGAUGUGUUGCCUGUAGAACAACCAAUUCUUUCAAUUGAAGGCGUAGUGUUUGAAGGAAGUGAGUUUGACGGACAGAAGCUAAGUUCUUCAAGCGUCUUACAAACUGAGCUUGGUCCAGAACCUGGAUCUUCCACAGCAACUAGUGAGGACAUCUUAGAACCUGAAGAUCUAGAGGUUCUUUUAGGUUCUGGCUGUGAGGGGACGGAGAACGUUCAAGGGAACCAGGAGGACGAACCCAUUUGUGAAGCUCAGGCGUCAGCGGAGUAUGUUCUUGAGUCAGCGAUUUCUGCAGAUACGGAGAAAGUGAAUCUCCAAGGUGACUCUUCCCAGGAUUCCAGACAGGAUAUGACCUCAAACAAUGGGGUCAUGCAGGGCACAGCAGAAAUAGACCUUUUAGAAGAGGAUGCAGGUGUAGUUUUUGUAAACACAGAUGAAUCUGGAGAUCAACGUGUCUUGGUGGAUCCCUCAGACAUACUAGCUAAGUCAAAUGAGUUUGGGAUCUCUGAGGAAAGCCUGGCAGUCAAUGCAGAAGAUCUGUUUGGUGUUUCGGUCCACAGUGACCAUGUAGAUGGUGCCUUACAUGUCCCAAAUGCUCUUGAUGAGGAUGGCAUUAUAGUUCCUUAUGUAUGUCCUGAACAAGCCCAAGCAAACUUAGAUCCAGUGUCUCAAGAAACAGAAGCUGUGCGACCAAUGGGUGAAGAAGACCUACUGAAAGAGUCAGAUGCACGUUUGGAGGAUCAGAUGGACUAUCAGAAGACAAUGUGGCCUGAUAUCAUGGACAAAAAAGAUGCACCAGUGAUCCACAGAGACAAAGACGCACUGUGUUCCAGUGUUUCCCAGAAGAGACACAACUUAUCCACAGAAAGUUCACAGUAUCCGGAGUUUCACACUUGCAACUCAGAAACAGUCACAUUUCGAGACUCAGGAAGUGAUACAGAUGGAUUUCUCAGCCCUGACACUGGAGAGGACAACAUCUUCAGAAAGGGGCAGGAGGCUGUAGGUGGAGGCGACAGCACGAGCGAGGUGUCCGUCUCCUGCUCCUCCACAGACGACACGGCUAGCGUCGGCCAUCCCAGCACCUCAGCCGAGAGCUCUGAGGAGGUGCGGCACGGAGGAGAGGCAGAAGAGGAGGCCAAAGACAGGCUAACGGAGGUGCCGCUGCCUGCCUCUCUCUUCCGGUCCACCGUACGCUCACUCUCUCCAUUACGCAGACACAGCUGGGGUGCUGGGAAGAACCAGGGAGGGGAAGAAGAAAUGAACCAGCACAGUUCUGUACGACGUACAGGAGAGGAAAAGCCUGUGUUUUACAGAAGAAGUCUGAGCUGGUGCCCCAGUGAACCCUGUCGAGAGCUGGAAGAAAUUAGAGAGCUCAUCAGUUAUAGUUUGGAGGGUCUAGCAGCAGGGAUUGAGGAUGGCAAACGUUGGAUACCGCAGUCCGGAGGUCCAUCCACAGAGCAGCGAGGGGUUCAGAGGCAGGAAAGUGAAGAGAGGGGCUCACUGAUGUCUCUCACAGAAGAAGGUCCUGAAUCUGAUUUGGGAGAAUGCAGCAGUCCAGCUGUUCAGAAAUCAAGGAAGUAUCAUCAGUUCAGACACAGCGGUCCAUCUGUGACUCUCCCCCUCACAAAAUCAGUCUCUAUGCUUUCCAUCAGCCAACGGGACAUAGAUGUGAUAGGAAGGAUUCGGCGAAAGAGGCAGAUCUCUUUUACCUUCAACCUCUCACCGAUCCUCCCUAAAUCUAAAACUGUCUUUGCUGUUACCUCUUCAUCUAGUGAUGAGGAGGACAUCAUAAGCAUGACGUCAUUCACCAGUACCACCAGUUCAAUGGGAUACAGCAUCACAGAGGAGGAGCCUGGACCUUUAAGAGGAGAUUUUGAAAAAAGUACCACCAAAGUGAGCCGGACGUUCAGCUACUUGAAGAACAAAAUGUACAAGAAAGCCAGAGAAAAAGAAAAGGAAAAGAAUCGGGAGAAAGACCGAGAGGCCAAAGAGAGAGAGAAGAAAUCAGUGAAUGGACACGUGUUCAGCACGUCAAGCUUGCUGCAUCCAGCUUUGUGCCAGCAAUGCAACAAAACCCUCAACACUAAAGAUACUGUCAGCUGCACAAAUUGCAAUGUGAGAGUUCACAAGAGUUGUAGAGAAAACAUCCCAGUUUGUCCCAAAAGCAGAAUGAAGUUUGCUGUACCAGAGUCCACCAAUAUGCCUACCGUCACUCUACGAACAAAAUCGUCCACAAUGCGGGAACGGCCCUGGUCUGCUAUCUUUUCUCCAGAGGAACAUUCUGUGAUUGUCCCGUCCAGACGACCCACCAGUAUUAUGCCCUUCCACAGCAGCAACCUCUCGAAAAGCAUGUCCAUCAACAAUAUUCCAAUGUUUGACGAUGUGCCUCUGAGAGGCAUGCGGUAUCUGUCUCAAUCCACAGACUCUCUCCACAAACCCAACAAGGUUACAGCGUCCAAUGAGUCUCUAGAUGAAGGAACUGUGAUGGUUGACAGCCGGCUGAUGGGAGAGUUUGAAGCAGAUGUUAAGGAACUGGAGGCUGACUCCUGGAGCAUUACCGUAGAUAAGAAAUAUCUGAAGCAACUCAAGAAGGACGCCAUUAAGAGACAAGACGUCAUCUAUGAGCUGAUCCAGACGGAGAUGCAUCACCUGCGGACGUUACGGAUCAUGUCUGAUGUGUACUGUAAGGGCGUGCUGACAGAUCUCCAGCUGGAGGUCCAGAUGGUGGAGAAGAUGUUCCCCAUGCUGGACGAGCUCCUGGAACUCCAUUCAUUCUUCUUCAACACUCUGCUGGAGAGGAAGAAAGAAGCCAAGCUGGAAGGAACGGACGGAUUCAUAAUCAACAGGAUAGGAGAUGUGCUGCUCAGCCAGUUCUCAGACUCCAAUGCAGAAAGCAUGAAGAAAAUCUAUGGCAAGUUUUGUAGUCGACACAGUGAAGCAGUGAACUUCUACAAGGAGCUGCAUUCCAGAGACAGACGCUUCCAGGCAUUCAUCAGAAAAAAAAUGAGCAGCAGUGUUGUCCGGCGUUUGGGCAUCCCAGAGUGCAUAUUACUGGUGACUCAGAGGAUAACGAAGUACCCGGUGCUUUUACAGCGAAUCCUGCUGCACACCAAAGAGAACGAGAAGGAUUUUGAGGACUUGACACAGGCGCUACAGUUGGUGAAAGAUAUCAUUGCUUCAGUGGACAGUAAAGUGAAUGAGCAUGAGAAGAAGAAAAGGUUAAAAGACAUUUACGGCCGUACGGACAGCAAGUCCAUCACGCGCAUGAAGAGCGGCCAGAUGUUCGCCCGAGAGGAUCUGCUGCGCAGUCGCAGGCUUCUCCAUGAUGGUCCUCUCCAGCUGAAAAACGCUGCCGGACGACUGAAGGAUGUCCAUGCACUUCUUCUUUCGGAUGUCUUUGUGUUCCUCCAAGAAAAAGACCAGAAAUAUGUUUUUGCGUCUCUGGACCAGCGAGCCACUGUUAUCUCCCUGCAGAAGCUGAUCGUGCGAGAGGUGGCCCACGAGGAGCGCGGCCUCUUCCUCAUCACCGCCGGCAUCGCAAACCCUGAAAUGGUGGAGGUUCACGCCAGUUCCCGAGAGGAACGUAACACCUGGAUGCAGCUCAUUCAGGACGCCAUGCACUCAAUAGAAAAGGAUGAUGAUGAGGGGAUCCCCAGUGAAACAGAGGAAGACAGGAAACUACUCGAAACAAAAACAAAAGAAAUGAGAGACAUGCUCCAGAGGAAGGAUGAACAGAUCGUUUCACUCCUGCUGGAGAAGAUGAAGCUUUUCCGUGAAAUGUGCGGUUCGUCCGACGACACGGCUUCGGCGGUCAAAAUGCUCUUCAGGGCCAACAACAAGGACGUCCCCAAGGGGGAACCCAUCAUGAUGGACGCUCUCAGAGAGGUGCAAGUGUUGCAGGCGCUGGUGAACAGCAGUCUGGGAGGGGCGGUGGGACAGCAGGUGGCCUGCGCUCCGGGGAACAUGGGACCCGUGUGUUUGCCACGCAGAGCCGAGACCUUCGGAGGGUUUGACAGCCACCAGAUGAACAUGUGCAAACAUGGCGACAAAGAGGAAGCUGAAGAUCUUCGGAGGACAGAAUCUGACAGUGUACUGAAGAAGGGAGGAAACGCCAACCUGCUGCUCCUGCUGAAGAGAAACAGCGAGCAGACCCUGACUAGUGUCACUCACCUUCACGACCUCCUGACCUCACUUCAGGCCGUAGUGCUGCAGCAGGACACUUUUAUCGAGGACCAGCGUCAGGCCCUAAACGAGCGCACCCCGUCCCGCUCCUCCUCUCGUCCCCCCUCGCUGGUGGAGCAGGAGAAACAGCGCAGCUUGGAGCGGCACCGACAGGAGGCCGCCACUCUACAGCGCCAGCAGGCCGUCCACGCUGAAGAGAAGUGGCGCAAGGAAAGGGAGUGGGAUGUGAAGGAGCAGGAGCUGACAAACCGGGAGGUGCUGCUACACGUGAGGGAGGAGGAGACGCAGAGGAGGAACAAAGAGCUGGAGGAGGUGCAGCAGGAGCUGCAGGGAAGGAAGGAGGAUUAUCAGAGGGAUCUAGAGAGACUGAGGGACAUUCAGAGGAGGCUGGAGAGGGAGAGGGAGCAGCUGCAGAGGGAGGUGGAGAGAGUGGAGCACCUCCGUGGGGUGGAGGCUCGGCUUCAGCGCACGCCCUCCAGCACAUCAGAGGAUUCCAUAAAGCUCCAGAGCAGCAGUUCCAUAGAGCGAGAGAUCUGGGAGGGCGACUUAUCUUCCAGCCCCAGGAAGAACUCUCUGUCCAGGAUGGACUCCAAACAGAAGGGCCGCAGCUUCUUCUCCCUGGGCGGCAAAACACAGAGCUUAGAAGGCCAAAACCAGAUCCCCACACGACUGCUUCAGCUGGCUUCAUCCAAGGAGAAGAAGGACAAAAAGAAGAAGAAGAGCAAGAGCCAGCCUCCUCAGGAUGCAGCAUCACAUCUGCUGCCCCUGACAGAGCCUUCAAUGGACGGAGAUAUAUUCUUCUGCUGAUUUACCCAUCAUCCCUUCUGUCCACAUCAUUGCCUCUCAUGGACUCUCUAUCAAAUCAUGUAGGAAGUCACCCAAAGUGCCCUCUACACAUUUCAGCAAUCUUUCUACAAUAUAAUAAAUCUCACAAAACAUGUCCAGGUCGCAUUACACCACAAAAUCAAAAGAAAAUUAAGAAAUCAUAUUUUGCCUAACCCAAAUCAGUCCUAUUUUAGGAUUGUUUUUAUUUUUUGUGACAUUAUUUUAAUAACAAUUUAGCCCCAAAAUUCUCAUUACCGUAAUGUAUAAAUAGUGGUAAUAUAUGAUUUCAAUUGUAAAGUAUUUAUAUACUACGGUAAAUGUUUUUGUAUUGCUUUUAAAUAUUGUUUUAUUACAGUAGUUUGUGCUGUAAUAAAGUUUGCUCUAUCACAGUAAUGAAAAUCACCAUUUAGAAUAAUAAUAAUUAUUAAUUAUUAUUCCAAAAAAGCUCAUGAUGCAAAAAUGGUAAUGGAAAUCUCAUUUAUAUAUAUAUAACUCAUCCAGACAGCAUAUAUGCGCUACACUUUAAAGUCUUAAGGUGCGUCCCAAAUCGCGUACUUAUGCACUAUUCUAUGACUAUUUGUAGUAUAA